AUGCGCGAGAGGGAGCGAGCCCUCCGCGAGGCGAACGAGGCCCUCACCCGGGAAAACCACGCCCUCAAGGCCAGCCUCCGUGCCGCCGAGCAGGACCUCUCAGAGCAUCGCACCUGGGUUGCCCAGCUGCAGCACCAGGUGCGGCAACUUCAAACCGAAAACGCCGACUUGCGUCGGUGUCUGGGCGAGCACAACGGCGGCGAGGAUCGCCAUCGGCGGGAACUUUGGGAACUCAGGAACAAGAACACCCGCCUUGAGAACGAAAACGAGGGUCUGAAGGCUCGCAUACACGACCUCAAACGCCAACUACGCGAGUCAGUGGACGAUCGAGUCCGCAGACUGACACAGAAUGUCAACACUUUGACCCGCGAAGUCAACGACUGGCGGCGACGAUUUGGGGACCUAGAACGCCGCCACCGGCGUCUACGUGAAAACCUUGACAACUACAUCACCUCCAACGAGUGUCUCGCCAACGAGAACGCCGAGCUUCGUCGGACAAUCGCCACCUACGAGCGCAUCCUUCGUCGACACCGACUUAUCGCAUAG